AUGCUUAACAUCCUGGAUCGCGUUGAGUUUCGCGACUACCCGCCUCUUAUCACGGCUACUUGGCACCUUCUGCGCCACAAAGGCAUCGCUCCAACCUGGCCGACCGCCAGGCUCAAGCAGAUCCUCGUGGAGCCUCGGUGUGGCUUCUAUCGCUCUUUCGAGGACGUCAUUGAUCAGUCAAAGGAGGAUGAAAGCUACCUACCGUUCAACCUGCGCAAACUCAUCCUGCACCAUCUUGCGCCUAGACCUUCUUUCUUCACCACCUUCACGAACAUGGGGCUUCGGCUGAGAGGUGGAUUUGAGCGUUUGCCCACCGAGCUUCGCGACGCGAUAUUUCGUCACUUCGAUCCUGCGACGAACAUUCUCGUUGCGCUGGCGUGCUUCAGAUUCUCUGAUCGCGACAUUCAGUGGUUGACUCACGAGAAAGUCUGA